CGUGGGUUUGAUUACUCGGUUAUAUUACUCUUUUUAGAACAGUACCAUGCAUCGGAAUGUCUAUGCGUACUUGAACUAUAGGCUUCGCGAGUACACGGAUUAGAAGGAGGAAUACGAACACUAAUGUUGGCGAAAUUUAUCAGGCCAUUCAACAA